CCAUCCCCGUUGCGGCGACAUUCCGUUGCAGCGUCCUCACAAUGCACCACCCCAUAUCAGAUACACAUCCAAUCAACGUGCGGUCGAGACAAAGUCUCGGUACUUUCAAAGAGACAUGACAGAGCGAAAGAUCAAUGCGGGCAUCGCUGAGAUGGAAGCACAUAUUCCAUCGCACAAGAGCAUGAACAUCGAGGCGUUCUCAGCGUUCAUCGUGGAUUACGAACAUGCGGAUCCCGCCCUGGAUGAGUUUUACCAGGAUGAGAUUCACGUGGCUUGCAGAUUCAAGGCGUUCUCACUGCGGCAAAAGUCUGAGAGCAAGCUCAUCAAGAACAUGCGACGGCUGUAUGGAAAGCAUUUUUUGGUCAUCUUGGGUGAUUGGAGCGACGCUGGAAAAACCAUGCGCUUUCAGGAGUCAUCAAAGACCAAAGGAUUCCACACACUCUUUGCAAGGAACAGCAUUCCAUGCUACUUGCUAGAUGAGUAUCGAACGUCUUCGGUGUGCCCAGACUGCCACGGGCGUGUGAAGAAAAACAUCCGACGCCGGCUGUCAUCUCGGCCAUGGCAAGCUAGAAAGGGAAGAAUGGAAUACGUCCAUGGAUUGGUGGGUUGCCCCAACCCCGAAUGUAUCAACCAAGACUGGACGCCAUUUGAGAUUCCUGGAAGACGACCACUACGACUAUGGAUGAGAGUGCACAAUCGGGACGUCCUGAGCACCAAGAAUUUCCUCUCGAUUGUGCGUUCGGUGGUGUUUGGCAAUGGCCGCAGACCAGACGCAUUCUCCCGUAACCGUAGGUAGUCUAGAUUUCACCCCAUCCCAUUUUCCGUGGUGGUUAUCUGCCAUCCACAUCAUUGUAUCUCUGCCUGAGGCGUCGCCGAUGAUGGCAACUUGUA